AAUCAAAUUCGCGCCAAACGCGUUGAGCACUUCGAAGCACUUCGAAGCACUUCAAGGAUCGAAAUAUUAAGAACAAGAAUCAUUAUACCCUGGGAUGUCUAAUCUUGGAUAAUACCUUCGACGCCAUGGCUCCUACAUCCCAUGGAAGAACUGGCCUAAUUGGCCGUGAAAGCCUUCUAAGUGGUUCGCUCAACAAUAAUAAUGGUCCACCACCUUCAACUUUGGCGGCGCAACUCGUGGAAAACAUCUCGACUUCAACUCGGUCUUCUAGACCAGAUGAGACAGCAGAGUUAAAGAGAUUCUUCAACAUUAUUGAAAAUGUCAAGAAUCAACCAGAGCUAUUGGACACCCCUAAAGAACGGAUGGAGCAUAAUCAUAUGCUAAUCUAUGUCUACACUCGAGUCGUACUGGAAGGUCUUAGGUGGGACGACCCCUUUACCGAUAAGGUCCAGCUACGCACAGAUGCCUUGAGAGCUGUAAACUUCCUCAAGAUCACCAUUAGGGAAACACCUGAAGUUCUUACUGUCAAAUCUAAGAAGUAUACCUUCCUUUUUAGAGAUGGUGAGCCCCUUUGGCUAUGGGUCUUCCCUAAGGUCUUGAAACUGUUAGGGAAUAGUCACUGCACUGAUCUAAAGGAUGAGAUUGAGCUAUUCUUCCGUGAAGUGUUUCUUACCGUAUCACAUACCGGCGUUCUAUGGCCUCUCCUACCGCAGUUCCUGGCAUACUUCAAGUUGAGCUUUGACGCAAUAAUCAACCAUUUCACAGACCUGAAAGCUGCCUCGACAAACCGGGAUGUCUCUCUCCACUUGCAGCUACCUCCUCAUUCGCUUCUUGUAACUAUUGAUAGUGGCAACUCAACUUUACUCGAGCAGCAGUGUACAUACUCUAUACCGCUGGCAUCGCAGGCUUUGCAACACGCCUUUGGUCUUUUAUCCAUCAUGUCGCUUCCCUUCACACACGAAGGGCUGGGACUGGAUAUCAUCUCAGCUUACCAGGAGUAUAUCCCAUGGCUUUUUGAUGCCUACCUUUACCUUCACGAAACCCAGACCCGGUGGCAGUUUAUAUUUCCUAGUGUUCUCCCCCAGUUCACGCAGAACGCCUUACGUUUUAUUGGGGCAUUCGAAAUCGCAGGUGGUGUGGAUGCUUGUGUCCAACAGAAAGCAUCCAUCCUAUUAGUCACACUUUGCAUAGAGAUCUCAGGUCAAUCUAUGGGAAAGCUCAUGGCCGAUGGACAAGAAAACUCAGACUACCAAUUGCUCUGCAUGUCGCUUACGAAGGUGGCCAAUGAUUGCCUGCAUUCUAAACCCAUAGCACGACUGGUUGCAUCGCAGCUGAUUCCGGCAAUUAAGAAGUUGAUGAUAGGCAACGAAGAUACUACAUCCGGCACUGACUUAUGGAGAUGCUUAGAGCUACUCCAGAAAGUUAUAGCUGACCCUGUACCGGCCUUGCCAGAUGUGGCAGCUUAUGCUGAUCAAUUUUCUGAUGUAGUUCUCCGUCGGCAAGUUCAGGAGUCAAACGUAGCAUCUGUUGAUUCCGCGGAUACCGAACGACAAUCCAAGCGUAGAAAGGUCUUAACUGAGCCAUCAUCGCUAUCUAGAGUAAAUACCCGACUAUGCGGCCUGUUGAGAGUUGAGGGUGAGGUAAACUUCACAGACCUGAAACCCAUCAUAGAGGAUCGAUUUGAGCACUCAUCUGAAUCCGACCUAUGCCGACUCAUCGAUAUUAUCGGCUAUAUUUGCUGCGCUGCUGAUGACACUCUUCUUAUCACCGACCAAAAGAGUGGCAAAGGUUUGCAACUUGACUGCCGUUAUUGUAAAAAUUCCCAAUCUACACAUAAAGCACCGCUCUGUCUAGAUAUUACGGCGAAGCAAACAGUCCAAGGGAUAUUUGGUUCAUUGGUCCAGCUACCCAGUUUCCUUGAGUCUAGAAAACCUCGAGUGACUGCAAUGGCUUCUUUAAGACGCAUUGCAAAGCAUUGUGUGGAUCUUGACUUUCUAGACAUAGAGGUUUCAAUAACAGCUCAGUGGUGCUUGAAGUCACUCCAAAGCUCCGUGAGAGAGCUCCGCAUUGCUGCUGGCCGAACCAUCACUUCGUUCUUAUCAGACCUAAUCCAACCGGAGGCUACAUCGAAGGUCUCGCGUAAGAAUUGUGGUAAUGUUUUGAACAUUCUCAGAUCACUGUCGGAGCAGGACAUACCUCAUCUCACCGAGACGUGUAUUAUGGCUUGGUUUCAAGUUGGAAGUAUCAUAUCAGACGAUCAGCUGAACCUCGUACUUGUUAAAUUGGUUGACUAUUUAGGCUACGAGAGUAUGAUUACAUCCGCAGCUGCAUUCACCGAGAUUGUAAAGUUAGCUCGCUCCCGGGCUAUGACUACACGGCAAUUCUUUGAACCAUUUUGGAGAUAUCUUGCCUUUUCUGCAACCAAGGACAUGAUAACUCGCCCAAAGUUAACGCGGUUAUUGGCAGAAUUGCUAGAGAUGAGCACCUCGGAGCUGCUCCUCCACAUUCAGAGUUAUGCUUUGCCUUGGCUGGUCCUCACCAAGAAAAGGGAUGUCAUCGAGAAAAUCGCCGAGGCUCGAGGCGAGAAAGAAGCCUGGCAACCUUGUCUUGAAAGCGGCAAUCUAGGCCCGAUAUUGGCACUUCUGCUGACCCAGGAGACUUCUGAUGUCCAGCAAUAUUCUAUGGAUUUGCUGAGAAACAUAUCUUCUCAUCUUGACAAGUCGGGAGGUCUUGUAGAGCUUCUUCGAAUAGAACCAAUCCCGACUAUUUUAGAGCUUUUGAAAGCUGCAGGCGAUGCCGAAGAGGAUCGCAAGCCUCAUAUCCGUAGUGCUCUUAACAAGAUGGCACAUAUGAUGCUAGCGGAGACUGGAGAGUUGAAGCAAAAGAAGGGCCAUGCGUUAGGUCCCUUCCUACAACGCUAUGCUUUGGCUCUUAUGGCUAGACUGACGCAUGUUAUUAACGAUGUAUCCAUACGCACACCAACCCAGGAGCGGAAACGUCACAUAAAAGCAAUGGAGGAAAUGAUUCGAAUAGGAAAGCGUUAUAUCCGUAUUGCUCGUCCACAGAUCUCCGCAUCUUUACAGGCAGCUAUGCUACUCGACGAGCUCCGACCUGCGGCCUUUUCUUGUUGGGCUGCGAUGCUUCUCCAUCUAGACGAGGAGGAUGUCGAAGCUCUCAUCGAGACAACCUUUUUCCUCAUUAGUCAUUAUUGGGCCUCCUUUGACGAAAUAACGCGAAAGUUGUCACAGGACUUGAUCGAGUCACUGUUAGAAAAUGAACGUGCUGUAAUAGAAGCGGCCAUUAGCAAACUACCAUCGUUCAGCCACAUUACUGAUCUAUCCAGUAUUGAAGCUACACUUAGCAAACUUCGUGAGCCUGUCGACAGUAGGACGGCCUUUUCCUUAUUAGCAGAGAGAAUACGGCAUGAGAAUGAUGGUGUUGUUUUGCUAGCCUUGAGAGAGCUCGAAUCGUACAUGCAAAAGCAGCAAGGUUAUCUGCAGACGUCCGCCAUCAGUGAGCAGCCUGAUUCGGUCGUCCCUACUCUCGCACGCUCUCUCCUUGAUUGCGCAUCACGGUACAACGCCGUCCACAGCGAAAUCAGCGAUCUAUGUACUCAAUGUCUGGGCCUGAUAGGUUGUCUGGACCCUAAUCGCGUGGAGACAAUCCGCGCCGAGAAGCAAAUCGUUGUCAAAAGCAAUUUCGAACACUCUGGUGAGACAACCGACUUCGUUAUUUAUAUACUGGAGGAAGUAUUGGUAAAAUCAUUCUUAUCUGCGAGUGAUACCAAGCUUCAAGGCUUUCUCUCGUAUGCUAUGCAAGAGCUUCUUGACAGAUGCGAUAUCCGAGUUGCGGUCGAAAUGCAAGGCUCACGAGAGGCUGCCCCUAUUUAUAGAAAAUGGCUGUCAAUGUCCGAAACUGCCCGGGAAGUCCUUAUCCCUUUUUUGACCUCGAGAUAUAUCCUUGCGCCAAUGGCCCCGCAGCACACAGUGUAUCCUAUUUUCCAUCCUGGUGAGACGAGGUAUGCCAACUGGAUGCGGAGCUUCACUCUCGACCUAAUGCGAAAACCUCAAGCCCCGUUUGCCCAACUCAUAUUCGAACCCCUCUGUCGAGUCAUUCGCAUUAAGGAUUUAUCAACAGCCGAGUUCUUAUUUCCAUAUGUAAUUUUACAUACAGUCGUCGGUGAAGAUACGUCUGAUGAAGAGCGCCUACAAGUCUUGAACGAGAUGCUCAACGUACUCCAGUACGAACUUCCGGCAAAUGCCAGCUAUGAAGAACGAGAAAACCAAAAAUUGUAUUGCGAGGCCGUAUUUCGCUUCAUUGACUACGCUAUGCGAUGGUUGCAGAUGAAGAGAACUCAGACUAACCUUGGUCCUCGGGACCUCUCUGCAAUCAACACAGUGCAAGGUUUUCUUGACUCUAUCCCAGCUGAGCUAAUAUCACAGCGAGCAGUGGAUUGCAAUGCUUAUGCUCGAGCUCUAUUUCACCUCGAGCAGCAUAUUCGUCAAGUAGACGAUGUGAGUAAGGGUGUGAAUGAGAGAGAUCGAUUACUCCAGAGACUCCAGGAUAUAUACACACAAAUUGACGAACCCGAUGGGCUCGAGGGGAUAUCCGCGCAUUUGCAUGUACUCGACGUUAACCAGCAGGUUCUGAGUCAUCGAAAGGCCGGACGGUGGGCUGCAGCACAGACUUGGUAUGAAAUCAAGCUGGUUGAAGACCCCGACAAUGUUUAUAUUCAGAUUGAUCUCUUAACUUGUCUUAAGGAAUCAGGACAGCAUGAUGUACUUCUUAAUUAUGUGGAAGGUAUUGAGAGGCACACAGCUAUCACCACCAUUAAUCGGAUAGUACCGUAUGCCGUAGAAGCGUCCUGGGCAACGGGGAGAUGGCAAACAAUGGAAAAAUUCAUCAAGAAGUACGAAGGGGAUCAUACAGAAAACUUCAACGUGUCCAUCGCCCAAGCCCUUCUCUAUCUACAAAAGGGAUGGAAUAAGGCCUUCGUCAACGAAAUGAGAACGCUUAGAGAAAGGGUCAAUUCUUCGAUGACUUUCUCAGUUACGUCGUCUUUGCAAGCUUGCCACGAGCCGAUGCUGAAAUGUCACGUACUAACCGACCUGGAGUUGAUUGCUGGAAUUAAUAAUGACGGUAAUCAGCAUCCGCAAGAAAUACUCAAAACUCUUAACCGGCGUCUCGAGGUUCUUGGGUCUUAUGUCAAUGACAAACAGUAUAUAUUGAGCAUUCGGCGGGCAGCCAUGGAAUUAAUGCGGCCAAGAUUUGGCGAUGUGGACAUUUCAGCUCUCUGGUUGUCGAGCGCUCGGCUCGCGAGGAAGGUCAAUUCUAUGCAUCAGUCCUUCAAUGCAGUACUCCAUGCAUCGCAGCUUGGCGAUGAUUCUGCAACCAUUGAGAAUGCUCGACUUUUAUGGAAAGAAGGCUAUAACAGAAAGGCCAUACAAACCCUUCAGGGGGCUAUUGAUAGCAAAGUCUUCGUCAGCAGAAGCUUCGUUGACCAUGAAUCCUCUGAGAAGAGUUUACAGUCAACACAGAGUAUGUUGACUGCACGCGCGCAGUUGCUCCUCGCAAAGUGGCUCGACAGCGCAGGACAGACGCAUGCUACCGCAUUACGGGAGCAUUAUCGGAACGUGCCUAAAAACCACGGCACUUGGGAGAAGGGCCACUAUUAUCUCGGUCGACACUACAAAAAAGUGCUUGAAUCCGAAAAGACUUUGAAACCAGAUGAUCAAAGCGACGAAUACCUGACGGGAGAAACGGCCAAGCUUGUCAUUGAGAAUUAUAUGCGGUCCUUAAAUUAUGGAACCAAGUACCUCUACCAGACCCUCCCGAGAAUCUUGACUCUUUGGCUUGAGCUAGGUGCCCAGGUCAAUAAAGCACCAGAAGGCAAAGUUUCACUCUCCAGGGAAUUGCAUCAUCGCCGUAAAACCCAGCUAGAAUUGCUACACAAAUACCUCUUCAAGGGCAUACAACGACUACCAGCUUACAUUUUCUAUACAGCUUUACCUCAGCUGGUAGCUCGCAUUGCCCAUCCCAACGCAGAGGUCUUCAUGAUACUCGAGGAAAUUAUUUUGAGAGUCGUCGAGGCUCACCCAAGGCAGGCACUGUGGAGCCUAUUUGCAGUCAUGACCUCUCGACAGGCGAUCCCCGAACGAAGGGCACGAGGUCAGCAGAUGCUCCUGAAGCUCAAAGGAAGGAGUAAGAAGGCAGAUAAUGGCUCUUACGAUAUGAAAACGUUACUCCGCAUGGGCGAGAGAUUGGCGGAGCAACUUCUCCUGGCUUGCCACAAUGGAGAUUUCCAGAGCAACAGGACCACGGUAGCGAGUAUCACCCGCGACCUGAAUUUCAACCACAAAUGCACGCCAUGUCCCCUUGUCGUCCCGAUCGAGGCCUGUCUUACGGCAACACUCCCUACCCUUACAGAUAAUGUCAAGAAACAUAAGGCAUUUUCGCGAGAUGUGAUUGUUAUCCAAAGUUUCCUAGACGAGGUUCUGGUACUGGGCUCUCUAGCAAAGCCUCGGAAGCUCACAGCCCGAGGAUCAAAUGGCGUCAACUAUGGCCUUCUAAUCAAACCAAAGGACGACCUCCGGACUGAUCAGCGUCUUAUGGAAUUCAACAGCAUGAUCAACCGAUCUCUAAAACGAGAUGCAGAAUCCAGUAGGAGACAACUUUACAUCAGAACGUACGCCGUUACGCCGCUAAACGAAGAGUGUGGUAUUAUCGAGUGGGUCGAUGGGCUCAGAACUAUACGGGAUAUACUACUUAACAUUUACCGCACUCGCAGCAUCGUCCCCAACUAUCAACAACUAGCACAGAUGAUGAAGGAUGCAUUAAUAGGGGAAAAUAAUAUCAAACUAUUCACGGAGGAUAUAUUGGGAAUGUUUCCAGCGGUGCUUCCAAACUGGUUCAUUGCGCAAUUCCCUAAUCCUUCGGCCUGGUUCACGGCAAGACUACGAUAUACGAGAUCGUGUGCGGUUAUGUCGAUGGUUGGCACCAUUCUAGGACUCGGUGACCGCCACGGCGAGAACAUACUGCUGGAAGAAGGCAACGGUGGCGUAUUCCAUGUCGAUUUCAACUGUCUCUUCGACAAGGGUCUUACAUUUGCACAGCCUGAAAAGGUUCCGUUCCGCUUAACUCACAACUUAGUAGCGGCGAUGGGAAUAUACGGGUACGAGGGCCCAUUUCGACAAUGCUCGGAGCUCACGUUGAGUAUCCUGAGGCAGCAAGAAGAGACGCUUAUGACGAUCCUGGAGGCGUUUAUCUACGACCCAACGCUUGACCUGCAGCGAGACAAGCGUUCAAAGAAGAACGAGGUGGUAAAGCUCAACCCACAGAGCGUGGUUGACAGCAUCAAGAGGAAGGUUAGGGGUUUGCUACCGGAUGAGAGUAUCCCGUUGGGAGUUGAGGGACAGGUGGAAGAGCUUAUCAAGCAGGCUGUUAAUCCGAGGAACUUGGUUGCUAUGUAUAUUGGUUGGUGUCCUUUCUUGUGAGGUAAGGAGGGUUGGGCUGGUUUGCUUGCGUGGAAGAAAGACAUCUAUGGAUGUAUUAAGGAUAGUAGCUAAGGUAGGUAUUCUAUCAUGAGUGAUGUUUGUUCUGGAAAGAUAUUUGAGUAAUCGAUGGGAUGAGUGACACUAAGCUACUAAGGUUAGUUUGUUUAUAAUCAGGUGAUCGUUUCCGGUUUAAAGAUUGAAUUGUGUGCAAA